AUGGUGAUCAGGAACUGUGUGUUGAAUGCUGGUGUGUAUCGAUGGGGGAGUAAAGGACAUGUCCUGCUUGUGUCUCCAGAAAACAGGUUUUUUAUUACUUUCCACGGUGGGCUGUACAUCUCCGACGUGCAGAAGGAGGACGCCCUCUCCACCUACCGCUGCAUCACCAAGCACAAGUACAGCGGGGAGACCCGGCAGAGCAACGGGGCCCGCCUCUCUGUGACAGACCCUGCCGAGUCAGUCCCCGCCAUCCUGGACAGCUUCCACUCCCAGGAGGUGUGGGCCGGCCACACCGUGGAGCUCCCCUGCACCGCCUCCGGCUACCCCGCCCCCGCCAUCCGCUGGCUCAAGGACAGCAGGCCCCUCCCGGCCGACAGCCGCUGGACCAACCACGUCACAGGGCUGACCAUCAGCGACCUGCGGACCGAGGACAGCGGCACCUACAUCUGUGAGGUCACCAACACCUUCGGCUCAGCCGAGGCCACAGGCACCCUCACGGUCAUAGACCCCCUCCAUGUGACCCUGACACCAAAGAAGCUGAAGACCGGCAUUGGCAGCACCGUCAUCCUCUCCUGCGCACCGAUGGGCUCCCCCGAGUACACCAUCCGCUGGUACCGCAACACGGAGCCGGUGCUGCCCGACGAGGCCGUCUCCAUCCGCGGGCUCAGCAACGAGACGCUGCUCAUCGCCUCGGCCCAGAAGAGCCACUCGGGGGCCUACCAGUGCUUCGCCACCCGCAAGGCCCAGACCGCCCAGGACUUCGCUGUCGUGGUGCUGGAGGACGGCACGCCCCGCAUCGUCUCCUCCUUCAGCGAGAAGGUGGUCAACCCGGGGGAGCAGUUCUCGCUGAUGUGCGCAGCCAAGGGGGCCCCGCCCCCCACGGUCACCUGGGCCCUGGACGAGGAGCCCAUCGUGCGCGACGGCAGCCACCGCACCAACCAGUACACCAUGUCCGACGGCACCACCAUCAGCCACAUGAACGUCACGGGCCCCCAGAUCCGGGACGGGGGCGUGUACCGGUGCACCGCGAGGAACUCGGUGGGCAGUGCCGAAUACCAGGCUCGAAUAAACGUAAGAGGGCCCCCCAGCAUCCGGGCGAUGAGGAACAUCACGGCCGUCGCCGGGCGGGACACCCUCAUCAACUGCAGGGUCAUUGGCUACCCCUAUUACUCCAUCAAGUGGUACAAGGACGCGCUGCUGCUGCCGGACAACCACCGCCAGGUGGUGUUUGAGAACGGCACGCUCAAGCUGACGGACGUGCAGAAGGGCAUGGACGAGGGCGAGUACCUGUGCAGUGUCCUCAUCCAGCCGCAGCUCUCCAUCAGCCAGAGCGUCCACGUGGCCGUCAAAGUGCCCCCUCUGAUCCAGCCCUUCGAGUUCCCACCUGCCUCCAUCGGCCAGCUGCUCUACAUCCCCUGCGUGGUGUCCUCGGGGGACAUGCCCAUCCGCAUCACCUGGAGGAAGGACGGGCAGGUGAUCAUCUCAGGCUCCGGCGUGACCAUCGAGAGCAAGGAGUUCAUGAGCUCCCUGCAGAUCUCCAGCGUCUCCCUCAAGCAUAACGGCAACUACACGUGCAUCGCCAGCAACGCGGCAGCCACCGUGAGCCGGGAGCGCCAGCUCGUCGUGCGCGUGCCCCCUCGGUUCGUGGUGCAGCCCAACAACCAGGACGGCAUCUAUGGCAAAGCUGGUGUGCUCAACUGCUCGGUGGACGGCUACCCGCCACCCAAGGUCAUGUGGAAGCACGCCAAGGGGAGCGGGAGCCCCCAGCAGUACCACCCAGUGCCCCUCACUGGCCGCAUCCAGGUCCUAGCCAACAGCUCGCUGCUGAUCCGCCACGUCCUGGAGGAGGACAUGGGCUACUACCUCUGCCAGGCCAGCAACGGCGUGGGCACCGACAUCAGCAAGUCCAUGUUCCUCACCGUCAAGAUCCCUGCCAUGAUCACCUCCCACCCCAACACCACCAUCGCCAUCAAGGGCCACGCCAAGGAGCUGAACUGCACGGCACGGGGUGAGCGGCCCAUCAUCAUCCGCUGGGAGAAGGGGGACACGGUCAUCGACCCUGACAGGGUGAUGCGCUACGCCAUCACCACCAAGGACAGCGGCGACGAGGUCAUCUCCACGCUGAAGCUCAAGCCCGCGGACCGUGGGGACUCGGUGUUCUUCAGCUGCCAUGCCAUCAACUCCUAUGGGGAGGACCGGGGCCUGAUCCAGCUCACGGUGCAAGAGCCCCCCGACCCCCCAGAGCUGGAGAUCCGGGAGGUGAAGGCCCGGAGCAUGAACCUGCGCUGGACCCAGCGGUUCGACGGAAACAGCAUCAUCACCGGCUUCGACAUCGAGUACAAGAACAAGUCAGACUCCUGGGACUUCAAGCAGUCCACGCGCAACAUCUCCCCCACCAUCAACCAGGCCAACAUCGUGGACCUGCACCCGGCGUCCGUGUACAGCAUCCGCAUGUACUCCUUCAACAAGAUUGGCCGCAGCGAGCCCAGCAAAGGGCUCACCGUCAGCACCGAGGAGGCCGCCCCUGAUGGGCCCCCCGUGGACGUCACCUUGCAGCCGGUGACCUCACAGAGCAUCCAAGUGACGUGGAAGGCGCCCAAGAAGGAGCUACAGAACGGCGUGAUCCGGGGCUACCAGAUCGGCUACAGGGAGAACAGCCCUGGCAGCAGCGGGCAGUACAGCAUCGUGGAGAUGAAGGCCACCGGGGACAGCGAGGUCUACACCCUGGACAACCUCAGGAAGUUCGCGCAGUACGGGGUGGUGGUCCAGGCCUUCAACCGGGCCGGCACCGGGCCCUCAUCCAGCGAGAUCAACGCCACCACCCUGGAGGACGUGCCCAGCCAGCCCCCCGAGAAUGUCCGGGCCUUGUCCAUCACUUCCGAUGUGGCUGUCAUCUCCUGGUCGGAGCCCCCAAGAAGCACUCUCAAUGGCGUCCUCAAAGGCUAUCGGGUCAUCUUCUGGUCACUGUACAUGGACGGAGCAAGCUGGAACCUCCCCCCUCUAAGCCAUAGCUCAAGGAUACCUCCUCCAAGAAGCUCUCCCAGAUUGAUCAGCCUCACUCUCCCCAGCAUGCCAUUCUUUCCCAAAGGCUGUGCUCCUUCUUUCUCUAAACUGACCCCGUCUUCUCCCUGCUCAGCUCCAGGUCCCCCCGCGGGCAUCAAAGCCGUACCUUCAUCUGCCAGCAGCGUGGUGGUGUCCUGGCUGCCCCCUGCCAAGCCCAACGGAGUGAUCCGCAAGUACACCAUCUUCUGCUCCAGCCCCGGGUCUGGCCAGCCGGCUCCCAGCGAGUAUGAGACGAGUCCGGAGCAGCUCUUCUACCGGAUCGCCCAUCUGAACCGAGGCCAGCAGUACCUGCUGUGGGUGGCGGCCGUGACCUCUGCCGGCCGGGGCAACAGCAGUGAGAAGGUCGUCGUCGAGCCUGCUGGCAAGGCCCCAGCGAAGAUCAUCUCCUUUGGGGGCACCGUGACCACACCCUGGAUGAGAGACGUCCGGCUGCCCUGCAGUUCGGUGGGCGAUCCGGCCCCGGCUGUGAAAUGGACCAAGGACAGUGAGGACUCGGCCAUCCCUGUGUCCGUGGACGGGCACCGGCUCAUCCACGCCAACGGCACGCUGCUGCUGCGUGCGGUCAAGGCGGAGGACUCGGGCUACUACACCUGCACGGCCACCAACACCGGGGGCUUUGACACCAUCAUCGUCAACCUGCUCGUGCAAGUGCCCCCCGACCAGCCCCGCCUCACCGUCUCCAAAACCUCCGCCUCCUCCAUCACCCUGACCUGGAUUCCAGGGGACAAUGGGGGCAGCUCCAUCCGAGGCUUCGUGCUGCAGUACUCAGUGGACAACAGCGAGGAGUGGAAGGACGUGUUCAUCAGCUCAAGCGAGAGGGCCUUCAAGCUGGACAGUCUCCGGUGCGGCACGUGGUACAAGGUGAAGCUGGCGGCCAAGAACAGCGUGGGCUCCGGGCGCAUCAGCGAGAUCAUCGAGGCCAAGACCCACGGGCGGGAGCCCUCCUUCAGCAAAGACCAGCAUCUCUUCACCCACAUCAACUCCACGCACGCGCGGCUGAACCUGCAGGGCUGGAGCAACGGGGGCUGCCCCAUCACGGCCAUCGCGCUGGAGUUCCGGCCCAAGGGCACCUGGGCCUGGCAGGGCCUCCGGGCCAACACCUCUGGGGAGGUAUUUCUGACCGAACUACGAGAGGCCACGUGGUACGAGCUCCGCAUGAGGGCGUGCAACAGCGCUGGCUGCGGCAACGAGACAGCCCAGUUCGCCACCCUGGACUACGAUGGCAGCACCAUCCCUCCAAUCAAGUCUGCUCAAGGCGAGGGGGACGACGUGAGGAAGCUGUUCACCAUCGGCUGCCCCGUCAUCCUGGCCACGCUGGGGCUGGCUCUGCUCUUCAUCAUACGGAAGAAGAGGAAGGAGAAACGGCUGAAGCGGCUGCGAGAUGCAAAGAGUUUGGCAGAGAUGUUGAUAAGCAAGAACAACCGAAGCUUUGACACCCCCGUGAAGGGGCCCCCCCAGGGCCCGCGGCUACACAUUGACAUCCCCAGGGUCCAGCUGCUCAUCGAGGACAAGGAGGGCAUCAAGCAGUUGGGAGAUGACAAGGCCACCAUCCCUGUGGCAGACGCUGAGUUCAGCCAAGCUGUCAACCCGCAGAGCUUCUGUACCGGUGUCUCCUUGCACCACCCGGCCCUCAUCCAGAGCACCGGCCCCCUCAUCGACAUGUCCGAUAUCCGGCCAGGCACCAACCCUGUGUCCAGGAAGAAUGUGAAGUCAGCCCACAGUACCCGGAACCGGUACUCAAGCCAGUGGACUCUGACCAAGUGCCAGGCCUCCACACCUGCCCGCACGCUCACCUCCGACUGGCGCACCGUGGGCUCCCAGCACGGCGUCACUGUCACUGAGAGUGACAGCUACAGCGCAAGUCUCUCGCAGGACACAGACAAAGGGCGGAACAGCAUGGUGUCCACGGAGAGCGCCUCUUCCACGUACGAGGAGCUGGCCCGGGCCUACGAGCACGCCAAGCUGGAGGAGCAGCUGCAGCACGCCAAGUUCGAGAUCACCGAGUGCUUCAUCUCGGACAGCUCCUCGGACCAGAUGACCACGGGCACCAACGAGAAUGCCGACAGCAUGACGUCCAUGAGCACGCCCUCCGAGCCCGGCAUCUGCCGCUUCACCGCCUCCCCGCCCAAGCCCCAGGAUGCGGACCGGGGCAAGAACGUGGCGGUGCCCAUCCCUCACCGGGCCAACAAGAGUGACUACUGUAACCUGCCCCUGUACGGCAAGUCGGAGGCCUUCUUCCGCAAGGCAGAGGGGCGUGAGCCCUGGGCAGCUGUAAAGAGGGCCCCUAAGAAGGGCAAGGGCGCUCCUGAGGUCUGCACUCCCAGCCAAGGCCAAGUGUGCAAGGGGAACGUGGAAGGAAGCGUGUUCUGUAGCUGGACCACAGCCUGGUUCAGCCGCACCCAGAAGCUGGCUCAUGGAGCAGCUGAACGCCUGCUCCUCCUUGCUGAGCUCGGAAGCAGCACUGUGUCCACCACAGACGAGGCCACCGUCUGGCUCAGAGCCUUCACACUCCAAGUGGGGACCAUCAGCCAGCAGCGUCAGCGUCCCUGGGAGCUGUUCUCUCCUUUUGAAGCCAAGGUGGAGGCACAGCCCUGUGUCCACAGCUGCCUGAAUCACAACGUGCACACGCUUGCCCUGCUCCCUGACACCAGCCAAAGCCUGGCCCAGAGCUGCCCACCUAGUGCCCAGUGA